CACUCAGGGGGGUUGUCGAGCAACAUUUCCGGGACGCGCAGCGCGUGAGUGAUGGUCAGUUCGCAUUCAGUCGCGCGGGUCGCUGAAGGAUCAUGUUGAUUCUCAUCUCUCGGUUAUUAUUAAUGACGGCGGUGUGGCGCGUGGCGGAGGGGAAGGAAACACUUCCAUAUAGCUCAAAUGAAAAAUGUGACAACCCAACCACUGAAUAUUACCAUAAAACUAAGAAAAUAUGCUGCAGUAAAUGCAAACCAGGGACACGUCUGGAAGUGGAGUGCACUGCGCAUUCAGACACCAUCUGUGCGCCCUGUGAAUAUGGACAGUACUUGGAUCGAUUUAACUAUAAUUUCAAUUGUUUCUCCUGUCGACAUUGUAAAGAGGAGAAAGGACUGGUUUAUCAUAAGAACUGCACCGCUGAUUCCCAAACCGUUUGCGUUUGCAAGCCUGGACUGACCUGUGUGAACACUGUUUCUGAAUGUGAUCUAUGUAAAAAAUAUCAAUCCUGCAAACCUGGUGAAUACAUCUCCAGAAAAGGAUCACCUAAAGCUGAUGUCAAGUGUGAAGCGUGUCCGUCUGGAUCGUUUUCAAACCACAGUAAUGCUCAGUUCUGCCAACCACACACACGAUGCUAUGGCGGUUCAGUUUUAAGCCCUGGCACCUCUAAAACUGACGCACAGUGUGGAAAGACACCACUUACGUCAACUACAACGACAACACAGGUUUCUGUUCAGACUUCAUCUAAGCAUGCUCCGUUGAAUUUCCCAAGGGAAAAUGUGGGGCGCGUGAACACGACCACCACACCAUCUCUGCUUCCAUCGAGCAGCGUGACGCCGACCACACCUGAGAAUCGAACCACUAUCGGCCCAAACUCGGAUACCUCGAUUCUAAUCUACAGCGCUGUCAUUGCUUGUGGUGUUGUGUUUUUGCUGACGCUGGCAGUGAUGGGGAUUACUUGCAUGUUACGAAAGAGAAAAGGUGUACACAAGGAUCCAAUCACAGGGGGCAAAAAGGUAGAGCAGGAUCUCUCAAAGAGCGACAUACCUGAUUGUCAGCAUCUAUUAACGGCCGACAGGUGCCAGAAGGAGCCGUCCAUGUCUUCAUCGGACAGCCAGAGUCAGCCGGACUCCAGCCAGAGUCACGUCAGCGGAGAUUGGCUGGAACGCACCAGUCAGGAGGGGUCGCUGCCCGAGCUGCCGUCCGUCUCCAGUCCGUUAGUCAAUCUCAGCAUCACGGCCACCUUCAACUGCCAUCUGAACCCGGCGACAGCGUCCUGCUCCAUCCCGAUGAACACAUCUGCACUGACACCCCGCGCUGAAGCUCCGGUGCCGCUUUCCCAAGAGGAGGUGUGUGUGUCCUGCCAGCAAGAGGACGGCAAAGAAGCCCUGCAGUCGGUGCAGGAGAGCGGCCCGUGCACCUUCUGAUCCAGUGUUACCCAUCACGCCGACUGAAAAAAUGGAGACGAGACUUAAAAAAUAACAUUUAUUA